CUUAAAAUCGAACAAAAUAUGGAUAGGAAAAAAAUAUUAGAAAAAAAAUAUAGUCAUAAACAUGUCUUUGGCUUUGCACUUUAUACAUUAUUUUAUAUCAAUUAGUUACGUAAUUACAAUAAUAAUUCACCAGCUGCAUCUGCCUGCAUCGUACGGAAACGAAGUCCAGGUCGGUAUUCACAAUUGAAGUGUGCAGGUACAAUAUAAUCUCGAAGUUUAAAUUUUACGAGGAUGGACACUAAUCAUUUUAUAUUACCAACCACUUUUUUUAAGAACGAUAAAAUACACCAAAAUAGCCGAUAUGUAUAUACCCAUUUUGAAAAACCCUAUUAAAAAGAGGGGGAGCAACUAGUACGCGUAGUGUACGUGACCACUGGUUACGGCAAAGGGGUGGCAAGGAGACUCGACCACUUUCCCAGCAUUAGACCACGCUUGAAAGAGCGUAAUAAAUAUUCAAUUUAUGUAAAUCGUAUAAUUUAGAUAGGUAGGUAAGUAUUGGAUGCUGUGUUUUAGAAUAUUUUAAAAUUUAAAUUAUUAUGAUAAUGGUGUUCUGAAGAUGGAAAAUUAAUACAUAAGUUGAAUAUACGAGUAUGCGAGAUAAUUAACUUUGACUGUAUACAUGAGUGAUGUUUUUUGAAACUAUGCAAAACGAUUGAUAAAUGUGUCGUUCAGGUUACUAUAUUACCUACAAAAAUAAUAAAAUUUCUGUGAAUUUUGAAAGUUUUAUAUUUUCAAUCAGAUUUUCCAUUAGGUUUCUGGCAGAAAAAUAUUAAAAUUAAUAACCGACUAUUUUUCUAACGUAUUUUGUUUUUUUUUUUCCGGCCGAUGAAUUUUAUACUUAGAGUGUAACGCCGAAGUUAUUAGUUUUACUAAAACGUGUAUGUGUUUUUUUUUUUUUUGGAUAACAUUUUUUGGGUUAUUAAAAUGUUCCAAUUUAUUUACGCAAUACCUCGAGUAACACUGAAUUUCUGUCCCGUACUACUUCAUUUGAAAAAAAAUUGUAUUGGCAUUUUUAGCACAUCGCCAUGUUGACAUUUUGAAAUUGUGAAUGGAGCGAUAAAUAUACUCGUAUUGGUAUAACUGUGAUAUGUGUUUAUUAUUAUUAUAGAUUUUUUUUUUUUUGUGUCUGUAUUAACGAAUUUUUUACCAGAAAUUUCGCUCCAAUCAAACAUUGACAAGAUACCUUUUUUGACCUAUUUAGAUCUGUAUGAAGAAUAUUAUCACCUGAUAUUAAAAUUUAAACCUAUAACUAAUGAUCACCGUCGCUCAACUACCUCGCCAUCGAUGAUCGUAAACAUCACUUUUUCCCCUUCCAGUUGUACGCUUAGACGUGUUUUUGUUUGCAUCAUGUGUAUAAUGAGAAGCAAAAUAAUUGUUAUCACCACUGUACGUUAUACCAUUUUUUCAAAACGUAUGUAAACCGCCAUAAGUUCUACCUAAAGGCAAUCAUCCCAAUCGCAUUUUAAAAACACACUGUCAGAAUAUUAGAUUAGAAUAUAGACUAGAUCAUAUAAUUAUACAAUUUCCUAUGUUACUAAUAUGUUCAUAAUAUGUUUACAACAUUUUCGCAACAUGUACCUGAUGUAACCAUAACAUAUUUCCUGCGACAAUAUACAAACGCAAUGCUAAAACAAAUUAAAAAUCACAUAAACUAACUUUUUUCGAAAAUGUCAUAAAACCACAAUAUACAUUGAAUAACAUAAUAAAAACACUGAUUUUCAAUAUUUAGUAGUGCAAUCCAAGCCAUUGUUUUCCGGCAUGGAACAUAAGGAUUAAAGGGGCUGUGAAUCUGUCGAUAUUUGUAUACUUAAUCGUAUCCACUCAAUCCGAGUAAAAUAGUUUUAGAGAUUUUUGCUAAUUUACAAAGAGACGGUGGGGUCGAGAAUUGAAAGUUUAGCCUUGACAACAAUUCUAUUUAUGUAAACUCAAUUUAACCAAUUUACAUAUUUCCACGAGUUUGUAAGAUUUUUUAAAAGUCUGAUAUUUUUUGUGAAAACAUGAAAUCUGAACACAAAAAAGGUUUUUGGAGGGGUUUAAAGUUAAAACCAACAACAGGCACACUCUUGAUAUAUAUAUACCAUUCAUGUCCAAAAUGUAUGUAUCUCUUUCGUUUAAAUUAGAGAGUCUAUAAUUGGAGUGUUUGACGCUAAAAAAAAACAUCCUCUCCUCGCAAAAACAUAAAACGGUAAAGAUAAGUAUAUUUAAAUUGACGACAACAUUUAUUUAAAGUUAUAUUCCUUCUAUUUAUGGAAUUUUUAAUAGAGGUUAUCAUUUGAAAAAAAAAAUGUUUGGAUCAGUACACGAUACUGCUUAAAUGUUUUGAAAAGUUUAAGAAUUUGAAAAUAUCGGCUUAACUACACUAGAAAAUUCCGAAAUUCAGAAUUUGAACAAAUACAAAAUAUGUGGUAAAUAUGGCACGCUUAGUGAAUCAUCUUGGAUAUACGUAUAACAGACAAAAUACAGUUCUUUCUUUAUUUUCUAUUUACUCGUAUGUUAUAAAAUGUCGAUAAAAUUAUAAAGCGUUUGUAUAAAAACAUUUUAUUCGUGAUGUUUUAAAAUUUAAACGCAUAAAAAUCCGAUCUCUAUAAUUUAAUGUACCAUAUUAUUAAACUUAUUGUUUAGAUUUACCCAUAGGAUUAAUUUUGUAAUCACUAUCCGAAACCCGUCGAAACCUAAAAUCCGAUUUCGAGCUGUAACCCGUUGCCCGAGAAAAGAUUGGAACGGAAUCGAUUCCCCGUUAUAAACCAUCGAAAAUCGUUCGUUGUACGUAAACAUGCUCGAUUGAACGCUUUACACAAUUUCUUAUGCUGUCGUUUAUGGCACCCGGUGCUUUAUUUUGUCCUCAAAAAUAAACUAUACGGAAAUAGUAAUACUGUUCGGUAUAAUCAACCAAAUUUAAUUUCCUUUUUUUUAAUGAAUAAAAGGAAACAUUCUACAUACCGCAUUGUCCGUCAUGAAGUCUGUUUUUCAAUAUUUUACUCUCAACAUUUAUAAUGCGUAUUUAAAAUAAGUAAAUUUUAAGCUUUUUUUACCAUUUUUUUUUUUCCAUUAUUUGAAAUCGGAAGUCAAUGCAGCCUAUAGGCUGUUGUUGUUUAUUAAUAAAACAAUUUUUUUUAUACAAAUUUCGAAUUCAGAAUGUUUUCAAAAUUGGAGAACAUUUGAAAACCUGGCACCGGGUCCCUUAAGUAUACCCGUGACAAAUGCUUAUUUUCGAAUAAAACUUAACAGUUUUCUUUUGGUGCUCGUGUUAUUUUAAAAAUUAAUUAUUUCCCCGUCUCUCAUAGACGCACUUUUCCUCGGCACUCUUUGCACGUGGAUAAUAUUUUUAACGGACACAAGUAUAAAAAACAAAAUAUACAUUAAUAAAUAAAUACGAGUAUAAAAAUAAUAACUUACCGGAUGCGUAAAAACCACAAUUUAACAUAAUAAUUUUUAAUUUAACAUCGACCAUAAAAGCGAAACAAGUCUCGGAGCUGAACUUUAAAUGUAACAUUCGGUAUAAAUAAGAUUGCGGGUUAAAUGGAUUCGAUUCCAUUUUUCAACACUUCUAGGCGAUAUUAUUGUAUGGAUACGCAGAGAUAUGUACACAAGUUUCUUUAAAUAUAAACCAAGGGGAAAAACUUGGGAAAUUGUAGUUUAAACUUUUUUUUCAUUUUUAGUAAUCGUUUGAAACUUUGUAAGAGUGUCCACAUGGGCAGUAUUGCGGCGAUGGUAUAUAAUGUUUGAGCUUCUUGCUCGGUGUCGCUAAUCCCCGAAGUACAAUAUUUUUUCAUUUAAACAAAGGAAAUGUCAGCCUUUGGUUACGAACUGCUCGUAUAUAUGUAGUCUAGAGUAAUAUGUAGUGCAGUUCUUGUACGCGUCCUUCACGUGAAAAAACAAAUUAAAUAAUACCUAUAACAAUAAAUUAUACUUUGGUUUCUUCGGAUUUUUCAGUUGAACUUAAAGUACCCGUGAACAAAUAUUUACGAAAUAAUAGAGCAAAACUUUUGCAUCGCUGUUUUACUUUUCCCGAGAAAUAAGUCCAUGCGUUAGAACCUAUUUCUGAAAAAAUAAUAUUAGUAAAAUCAGUGUCCAUGUCAAUAUCGUCAGCCAUGAGCCAAAUGUAUAAAACAUAUGAAUGUUACGUUUAAUGAAAAUGUCUUCAUCUUCUUCUUUUCCUCUACCUCAACUAUUAAUUGUGGCGGGCCAUCCUCAUUCUAAACUUCUACCUGACCCAUUCCACAUACACCGGUUGUUCUCAUACCUUGUAACGAUCGUUAUAUUAUUAUGGUGAUAUACGCAUAUACGUAAUAGGUGUAUAAGCUGACCAGACAUUAUUUACCCCCACCCUCCCCUCAUUACUAUUAUAAGGGCAAUAGUCAAUAACCACUAUGUGAGAGAUGGUAGUUCUCCUCUACCAUACUAUCUAGCGCAUAUAACCUCCGUCGGACGACGUAACGAUCACUUGUGAGUCUUAAUAAAAUAUUAUAAAUUACAAAUUAACUUAACCAAUCUGCAUGUAUUUCUAGUGUUGAGAUCCUAUGUAAACCAUUCACGUUCUAGAGCUACUGUAUUCAAAAGACUACGAUAUCUUCCAAAAAUAUUUUAUAUUUUACGGGUCAUCCUAGACCACGUUAAAAUCUUUUUUUCCUCUCUACCUCUUCCCUCCUAUGAUUAUUUUGAUUACAACUCUGACCACUUCAAAUUCUACUGUGCACAUGGCAUACACAAACCAUCGCUGUCUAUUUGCUAUUUGUCUAUUACUUACUUAUAGUAUCGAAGUCACGCUUAUCGUGUCAUAUAAUAGUAAAAUAAUUAAAUAGGCAUUAUAUAUUUUCUUUAAUUAUAUUUAAUUUAUAUUUUAUGGAUUUUUCCGGUUUUCUCGGUUUUCUUUAAGGUUUUUUCCGGUUUUUCACAUUUUCUGAGAAAACUCCUAGAAAAAUCAUAAAAUGACUUCGCAGUUUUACUUUUAGAAAAGGUGCUACACUUAAACAUCGGAGCAAGAUUUCUAGUAAAAAAGUUGCACGCAAAUAAAACAAAAAAAAAUAAACAUCUUCUCAAAACCAUAAGCAUCUUUACUGCACUCAGAAUCUAAAAAGAAUAACACCGCUGCCACUUAAACGGGAAUAGUCGCGUUUGGACGUGAGUACAUGACCGUUUUCACGUGAGAUGUUUUGGACGUAGCACUAUUUAAAAACAUGACAAAAAAUUAGAUUCAUACCAACUUGUAUACGAAUUUAUACAAAUAAUAUGUAAAACUGUUUAUAGAUAUGAUUUUAUUUAGAAUGUUCACUCCUCAAUAUCAUUAAGUUCAUUGAUAUUGAUUAAUGACAUAUUUAGGAAAAAUUAAAGUAGAUCAUGAUGUCAUAAAAAUAAUUAGGUAUUAUAAUAUUAGCACAAAAUAAUAAUUUUACUAUAGUGACCCGAUAUUUUACAUUUAUCAAAACAAUUGCACUCGAAUUUUGAUCAUCGAACCAUAAAACACGUCCCGUUCAUUAAUAUUGCGGUUUUAAUGAAUAUUUGCCAGCAAUGAAAUAAAUUCGGACCUUUUUAAUAUGACAAAAACGCGCUCCUGCAUUAUCGUCGCGUACCUAUGGACCUAUGCCAAAACGCGUUCCGGAAAAUAUUUUAAUAAUAUACAUAUAUACCGAGUGAUUCACCAAGUGUGCUUAACCCAUUUUUUUUUUUUUUUUUUGAUUAAAUUGUACAUACAUUUAAAUUCAAAAAAUCAGAAUUUGAAUACAUCCAAAAUUUAACCGAAAAAAUGGGGUGGGCACGCUAAGUGAAUUACCCUGUAUACAUGUAUAUACGUAAUGGUCGACAGAACCUAUUUUGAACAAUGCAUUUUCGGUUUUAAAUGUUUUUGCUCGGUAAUCGUAGUAAGUAUUCACUGCAAUACUUGAAAACAACAAAAUAUUGAAUUACCUAUUAUUUCAUUUGUCUGUCGAAGUCGUACAUACUUACUGAAAAACGGAUAGUUCUGUAGUUAGGAUUUUUUUCGCUGAACGCGUGUAGUUUUAAAAAAACAUAAUUUAAACCAGUAUUUCACGGCCGGGGGGGGGGAGGUUGAGAUUUCCUGCGUCGUCUUUCGGAUAUGGACGGUCUGCCUUACUGCCGUUUAUUUCGUUGUAUUUUCAUUUUGUUUUUAAUUAAAAUGCUUUUCCGUUGAAUCUAAUAUCCGGUACCAAACCCCCACGCGUGCAUAUUAUAAUACGCGUAUAAUCGGUCAGGGAGGUAGUUAUUCUAUUUCGUUUGUUUAUUUUCGCGUGAUAUUUUAGAAAUUUUUAGGGGAUUGCAAAUAAAUAACAGAUUUAUAUUACCUUAAUACCAAUAAUAUUGUUCGGAACUGAAACUUGGCUAUACUGCAUACAACAGACGCAAAUAAAUGUUUGAUACCUAUACUCAAAAGAAAACUAUCGUAUGAGACCUUUGGAUCAGUAAAGAAGAGUAAAAACACGUAUACAUACAGAUAACGUGUUGAUAAAUGAAUACUUUAGAGACUGUGGAAUAAGGAAGACUACAAUUGGCUGGACGUGAAUGGAGAAGCCGAAACUAAAUAUACUAGGGGCAGAUUUUGAAAGAGUUCUGUUCCGGGCCGAAACAUAACCUAAUAGAUAAAAUAACUUUUAGCAGACUGAGAAUGAGAUGGGAAGUCGUAGUAUAAAUGGGGGAUAUAGAAGCUUCUGGAAAUGCACCGAAUCGUGAAAUGUUGGCGAUGGGCUGACGAGCCGAUUGAUAGCAGGGAGAUUGGUAGUGAGACGGGGUGGUCCUAGAGAACGCAUGUAAAAACACGGAAUGUAUUUGUACGGAAUAUUGGUUUCCGAAAUUUUUAUUUUCAAACCGUAUUUGUACGGAUUACAUGUUUCCGGAAUGUAUACAUUCGCUUUGUAUUUUUUCGGAAACAAAAAAUUUGAGAACUAUAAUCCGGGACCGUGAAAACCCGGAAUUGAAAAAUACGCACAACGUAUAUGUACGGUUUGUCUGUUCCCGGAUCGUAAACGCUCGGACUGCAUAUUGUCGGAAAAUAAAUUAUUAAUCACUAACCGUAUAACCUCGGAAUCUUUGAAUACAUUUGUACCCUUUUUUGCAUUCUCGGAUAUACACGACCGGGCACAUAUAACCAAACCUUACAAUGCCCGUAUAUCGUUCUGCCUUAAUCACGUUUUUAGACUCGUAGCGGAACGACGGAUGUUUUUGUUUCGCAAUGGUGUUUAUUUCUUUUAUUAUUUGUUCCUAGUUAUGCCACUGCCCCCCCCCGCCCCCCAAAACGGGUUUCAGCAAAUAUACUGAUGAUAAAAUGAGAAUAUUCACAAGACUAGCUCCAACAGGUCUUAAUAUUAGUUAUUAAAAACAAUUACGAGAUCGUUUAAAAAUCGAAAGGAUUUUUUUUUUAACCGCGAAAAUAUUAAAUAAUAUAAGAGUGACUGAAAUAAUGGUAACGCGACUGUUUAGAGCUACUAAUUUCUCGAGUUGUCGAAAAAAAAUCCGAAAAAAAUUAAUAUUUUCCGAAAUAACGAGUGUCUUAUAGAUUCUAUGACAUAGACGUACAGUCUGUACGGGGUUUGCCGAUAAGCGAUCGGGACUAGCGAACGGUACGCGUGUAACUGCCGAUGUAUGUUUUUCACGAAAUUCGGUUCUUAAUUACGGAUCGGAAAAAACCGGUUUUUCGGAAUUAUACGGUCCGUGGCUUUCCCUCCCCCCCCCCCCCCCCGAAAACAUACAAUCCGGGUUUAUAAGAUUUCCGGUAAAACCGCAGUCCGAGUGUUUACAAUCCGUACAAAUACGUUUUUUGCGCGUUUUUCGAUUCCAGGUUUUCACGGCCCGUGACCAAAAUAAUCACCGUACUUAUACCAAAUAACAAAAUCACUAACCCAAAACAAUUAACAGGAAACGAGUAAAACUGCCGAACACAAUACACUUCAGAGUCACUCCAAAGUAAAUAUUUUUAUUACCUAAACAGCUUAACGUACCAUGUAAUCUUAUUGCGGUCACCGCUAUAUUCUCCAUUGGCCUUAGGUCCAAGUAUUUUUCCAUAACGUCAUUUCAUCUCAAUCAGGACUUACAAAAGAGUCUUUUGCCUUUAAUUAUUCUUCCUUCUGUUAUUUGAUUGAUUAUUUUUCCGUCUGCCCUAUAUAUUAUGUAUCUGAGAAUCCGGAGCGGAGUUGUCCGGCGAGACACCGAAAUGAUUCCGGGUCUCCUGUUCUAAAAUGUAUAACCACGGCCUUAUUAAAAAUCAGUAGUUACUUAAAGAAAAAAGACGGACAUACAUUCCACGAUGGGUGGGACACUGUUAUUGGUAAGAAGUUGGGAAGGUAGAAUAUAGAGGGGAAUUUAAUUCAUUUUCGUACAGAACGAUUAAUCAUUGCUAACGAAAAACGAUUCAGAUUCGAUGUUCGAUUAUAUAUAUAUGAUUUCAAAGGUCGUAAUAUUUACGAUUUUCAUUAAAAUUUACGGAAAGUGUCUCUUUAACUUUUUUGAAUGGAAUAGGAUUUCCGGGAAAAAACAUAAAUCUUUCUUAUUUAAAAUAACGCAAUCUGUACAAUUACCACAGCGCGCCGUAAAAUAAAUGUAUCUGUUUUUUUCAUACUUUCCCAUAUGUAUAUUAUAUUUUUAUUGUACAAAUAAAAAUGUUACCAAAAUUAUAAAUUGUCUUGGAAAAAAGUUACCGGAAAAAGGUGUAAAUGGUAGUGCGCAAGAAAAAUGUGUUAGUCUAAGGUAUACGCUUGUACAUAUAUAUAUAAACGAAGGUCAAACCCGUGGUAAAACUGAAUAGAAAAGUAAACAAUUGACACUGCAAGUUGCAACGACAUUCAAGGUAAUUUUUGUGACGCAGUAACGAAUUAGAAAAGAUAAAUUAUAAUUAUAAUGAAAUUCAAAAAAAAAAAGGUCAAUAUUUGUAAUAAAGUUUAUUAUUUAUAUUUUUACGCCCGUAAUUAAAUCUUAUGCUACACGUCGUAAACUUGUUCGUUUCUAAUUGGUCGUCUUUUUCCGGUUUUUUCCAACUAUUCUGAAAUCUACUUGAAAAACUAAAAAUCAACUUAUUUCGAGAACAACAAGAUGAUCUAAAACACAAUAAAAUAGAUCUCUAAGCAUUUUUCAAUUAAAGUAAUGUUUCCGGUAGAAAACAUCGUUUGUAAAAGUUUAAAGCAAUGAAAUUGGUAAUGCAGAGGAAUGCCGUAAAUAUUUAUCGUUUUUCCUAUAAUUUUCUUUCGUGUUUUUCCCCAAUCAUUUACAAAAACCCUUCGGAAUAUCACAAAAUGACCUUCUCAACACAUCGACAAGAUGAAAUUUCUUUUCAGAAAUGAUGUUACACUUUACACAACCGGAGCAAAAUUUUUAAUAAAAAAAAGUUGUAUAUAGUCACAAGAAAAAAAAAUUACACAUAGUAAAACCAAUAGAUUCUUAGCUACGUGCCACGUCUAAAAUAGCUGAUUUUAAAGACUUUUUGUUGUUUAACGUGAACAUUUUAAAAAUAUAUUACCAUAUUGCCCGUUAAAUAGACAGAUACGGCAAAUGCCACUAUAGGACGGUUCCUUAAAAUAAUAACAACGGGUUUUUUUGUAUGACACACAGUGUUGUGUCAUAUGUUGUGCGAUAUCUAGUGUUGAACUUUUCGAGCUAUUUGUCCAAAAAAAUUGUAUUCAAAUGUUUUAUAAAAUAUUUACUAUCAUAAUUCUACAUAUUGUAUUGUAAUUAUUACUUAACUAUUCCAUGAAAGAAAAUAAUUGUAAACAAAGAGCUGAUACUGGGGAUUGGAGCGGCCACUGUUGCAGGUGAGAAGUUGGGAAGGUAAAAUAUAUCAUGUAAUAACAUGAUAAAUGAAAUAUCAUUUAUAUCUGUAAAAAUCGAUAAUAACUAUUUAUAUUUUAUAGCUUAUACUUCAUACACAAAAUAGUAAUACUAAUAAAUUAUGUAAAUGAAAUUAUUUUAUUUUGGAACGUAAAAGAACAUAUUUAAUUCAAAAAUUCUGAUUCUGUUUACUUUGUUUAGUUGAAUAAAGGUUUCGGUAUUCCGAAUCUUAAAAUUUUAAAAGUUCCAGUUCCAAAACCGGUUCUUUCAGAUUCGGUUCCAGUCACUAUUUUAAAGGAAUUUUAUACAAAUGCAUACAUAUUUGGUACAUUUAAGAGCAUUACGUUCCCAGCCUUUGUCAUCAGCAACAGUUUGGAGCCAAAAAAAAAUAAAAAGGUCACUGUCUGUUUUUGUACAUCGUUGAAUCAUUGUGAUAACAUGUAUCGAUGUACAAUUUUUUGAUAAUAGUUAAUAAUAAACAAGAUUUGUACGCGAAUAAUAACUAGGUAUGCGCGUUUCUGUAAGCGUAUACCCGCGUGUCAAGUAAAAAGUUUUGAGUACACGUAUUGUCAAAAAACCAAGAAAUAUCUAUACGCCUUAUACCAGCGUAUAUGCUUGACUAAACCACUGGCUACAAGUAUAAAUUAAAUAACUUAAUGUAUCCCACCUUCCCAACUACCCGCCUACGACAGUGCAGGCCACACCCGUCCACAGUACCGGCUAUUUUUUCUUUUAAAUUCAGAGUUUGGUGAUGAGCGUAUUUACAGUAUAGAGUCAGAGUGUUGCACCUUUUCGGAAAUAUAAUAUUCUUUGAUUGGAGAAGGUUGGUGAAGGAAUUGGAAGGUCAUUUUUCGGUUUUCUAAGACAUUUUCAAAAUAAUUUGGAGAACCUCGAAAAAAAAUUAUGGGUAAAACGGCAAAUAUUUACGACACACCGCGUUAAUUUUUGUAGAGGAUUUUUUCAACUAAAAAUAUUGCUUCAAUUGAAAAAUGAUAAAUGAUUGAUUUGGUUCCUUUUAGUAUGUAGCCUUUCAAAAAAGAAAGUCACAUCAAUCGGGAAACUCAAAAAGGACGAAAAAUAAGAUUUUUUUAAAUAACGGCUCAACAAUUUCAUUAAUUUAAACAUAUAUGAUUUCCGUUUUCUUUCAAAAAUAUUGUUCAAAUAGAAAAACUACAAUUGAUCUUUCUUGUUGGUGACAGAAAAAUUAAUUUUUUGAUGUUCGUGGUAGUUUAUUUAAUAAUUGAGAAAACCCGAAAUUAUUCGUACUAAAGUAGAGAGAACGGAAAAAUGUACGAAAAUAUUUCAUUUAAUUUUUAAUUUUUUUUCUUAAUGUAAUUCAGUAAAAAAUAUUUGUAGAGACUUAAAUUUCAGACAGAACUCUUAUAUUCGUUUUUUUCAAUACGUUAUACACAAAGUCAAAUAAUUUUCAAAACUUAUAUUAUUAGAGUAAUUUUCGAACAUAAUAUUAUGCUCUAUACAAAAAUAUUGUCGGAGCCAAAGAGGGUAUAUUUUAUAUUACAAGGCUAACUAUUGUUCUUUAUAUUUACGUAUUUUAAAUUACCAACCAAUGUUCAAUCAAAUAAAAAAAACGUACAUUAUUCGAGUGAUUAUGUUUGAAAAUUAUACGAAUAAAAAAUAAUUUGAAUGAUUUCUUAUUCGAAUAGGUAAAUAACGGAAUAAAAUUUACCCCACUCUGGUUAUAGAUACAAGAUUAAAUUACGUUAUAUGUACCCAACCUUCCAAAUUUCUCAUCUACAACAGUGGCACGCCCGUUCCCAGUAUCAUCUCUUUUCAUAUUAUUUUUAUUCGCGUGUUCACUGUAUUUACAUUAAAAACAAUCCAGCAACUAUAUAACCUCGUAUACAUCGAUUUCAUUUCAUUUCAGGGAUACACCGUGAAAACAUUAAGUCAAGUACUGACGCCUGCGGAAUGUGAAACCUACUUGAACACCGGUAUUUUGCCGCCAAGUUUAACUUAUUCUUUUGAACAUCGUGCAUACAUCCACACCGGAAACAAUGUUCGUGUUAACAACGAUCUGGAAAGACAAAUGAGAAAACGACGUACCGGCAAUUAUAAAAUCGUACCGCGCUGGAAGUAUUUAUUGGGCAAGUUUGUGCCCGAUCUCAAUCUUGGAGGAUUACUCCAAAAAGUCCAAGGUACAGCUCCGUUAUUGGCUCUAAUGGGCAUGGGAGGCCUAGGAGGCGCUGGUAAUAUGGAUGGUACGGAUGACGAAGACGAAAAAGAAUCGGAAAAUGACAACGGUGAAAAUAAAAAUAAACUUAACAAUUUGGCUAAGAAAGCGUUAGGGUCCGUGCCAAACUUGGGCAACAUUGGUUCAUCACUCGGCAAGAGCAAAGGCAACGGUGAUGCUGGGGACACCGGAAACGACGCUGCAGACAAUGGAGGCGGGCGUUUAAACAAGCUCAACGAUAUGGCAAAGAAAGCAUACGACCGCGUGCCGAACGUAAGCAACAUUGCUUCUGCACUCGGCAAGGGUAACGGUGAAGGUGGUGGCGGUGAUAACGCGGGCAGUGGAGGCGGACCUCUUAACAAACUCAACGAUAUGGCAAAGAACGCGUAUAAUAGCGUGCCAAACGUUGGUUCUUUACUCGGCAAAUCGAACGACGGGAAAUCGCCCUAUUCCAAUGUGAAAGAUGCAUUAGAAAAAAGCGAAGUGGCCAAAAACGUAGAAAAUUACAUAUUGAGCUUAAUACCUGGAGGAGGGGCGGCUGAAAAGGCGUUAGAAGCCAAAGAUAAAUUACAUAACGCGGUUAAAAAAUUCCCGAAAUUUAAAAAAAAACAAGAUUAAAUCAAACGCACACAAUGUGUGCGUGUUUGAAAUACGUUUAUUUCUAAAAU